AUGAAUUUUUUAAGGAACUCUAAAUUGGAUUCAAACAUCCAUUGUUUAAGAUAUAAUAAUUAUCCACCAACUCAUUGUUUCAAUAUAUAUAAUAAUAGUAAUAAUCAAGGUUAUAAAUUAAAUAAUAAUAAUAGUUUAUAUAGUAACAAUACAAGUAAUAAUAAUAAUAAAUUCGAUACUUUAAAAUCAUAUUAUUCCAGUAAUAAUAGUAAUAAUAUAAAAUAUGUAAAUAAUAAUAAUAGUAGUAGUUUAUUUAAUAAUAGUAAUAGUUUUAGAAUUGAUAGUUUAGUUAGUAGAAACUAUUCAACACAUACCAAUGAAGAUGCUGCAGUGGUAAAGAAAACAACGAUUUUAGAUAUAAAGAAAAAGUAUAAACAGUCGAUACCAAUAUCGAUGGUCACUGCCUACGACUAUUGCAGUGCCAAAGAGGUCGAUAAAGCAGGAAUUGAUAUCACUCUGGUCGGUGACUCUCUAGGUAUGGUCAUGCUUGGCGACAAGGGAACUACCAAUGUCACAAUGGAUGCGAUGAUUCACCACUGCAAAGCGGUGAUGCGCGGUACUCAACGUUCAUUCGUCGUGGGUGACAUGCCAUUCGGUAGCUUCGAGACAUCGCCACGCGAUGCACUCCACAAUGCAAUUCGCUUGAUGAAAGAGGGCGGUGUCGAUGCCGUCAAACUGGAGGGUGGCGCCAAGAUGAAGGAUACGAUCCGCGAGAUUGUUCGUGCCGGCAUUCCGGUGGUCGGACACAUCGGUCUCACUCCACAGACGGUCAGUUCAUUCGGUGGAUUCAAACUGCAGGGAAAGACAUCCGAUGAGGCACUCUCGAUACUCGAGGAUGCCAUGGCACUGCAAGAGGCCGGCUGUUUCUCGAUCGUCAUCGAAAUGGUUCCACAGCUGGUCGGUGAGAUGAUAACGAAACACCUUUCCAUCCCGACCAUUGGAAUCGGUGCUGGCUCAGGAACAAGCGGUCAGGUGCUAGUCUACCACGACAUGCUCGGACUCUACUCUGAUUUCAUGCCCAAGUUCUGCAAGCAAUAUGCAAGUCUUUCAUCGACAAUUCACGAAGGACUAAAGAAUUUCAAAAAGGAGAUAGAACAACGACAGUUUCCAACUCCACAACAUUCAUUCACAAUGAAAGAGGAGGAGUCUAAAAAGUUUAUAAACAUAUUAAAUAGCAACAACAACAGCAACAACAAUAAUAAUGGUACAGAUGAAAAUCUUUAUAGUAAGAGUCAAUAUUUAAAUAAUAGUGAUAAUAUUAAAGAGAAAUUAAAGGAAUUAAAAGAAAAGGAAAAGGAAAUCGAGAGUCUAAAGAUUGCUUCGACAAAGACAGCCAAAUCAAUCACAGAGCAACAACAGCUACAAAAGCCAAAACAACAAACACUAAAGAUUGAAACCGAAAGAUUCUUCCUCACACCAAAUGGAAUCAAACGUCCAAAGAUUGUUGUUAUUGGUGCUGGUGCAAUGGGUAGUUUCUUUAGUGCCAAACUAGCUGCAAAAGAUUUCGCUGAUGUUUGGAUGGUAUCUGCUUGGAAGGAACAUGUCGAUAGAAUAAAUAACAAUGGUUUAACAUUAUAUAAUUUGGAAGGUAAAUCAGAGUCGAUCACUUCAGUCAGAGCAACUUUGGAUGCGUUGGAUAACGGUGUCGGUAAUCGCGAGGAAAUAGAAACAACCAUCAACGAGAAAGGAUUCAAAAACAAGGUGUGGCAGGGUGUCACGAGUAAUGGCGCUGUCAUGGCUGGCGCUGGUUCCGUUCGUCACACUGGCAGUGGAUUGACCUACUUGGCGUCACCUUCACUCGCUGGACUGAUGAUGGCCGGCAACAACAACAACAACGGACACUAUCAAAACCACCCAACCACUCUGGACAACGAACCAAAGACACUCGAGGAGAAGCGUGCUCUUGAAGCACUCGGUGAGAUUCUCAACGAAGCUGGCAUCGUCAGCGAGCUCACCUACGACGUUGACGCACUGGUCUGGAGCAAGGUCGUUGUCAACGCCGCUAUCAAUCCACUGUCUGCAGUGCUGGGUGUACCCAACGGUUACUUGGUGCAAGAUGAAUACUCAAAGAACCUGAUGAAGAAGAUCAUCGUCGAGGGAAUGGAGGUGUGCAAAGCCAAGGGUAUCAAGUUGCCAUAUGGCGAGGACACCGAAGAGGGAUUCAAGUAUGUCGCCAACAUCGCCGAGAGAACCAGCACCAAUUACUCUAGUAUGUUGGUCGACGUCAUCAGAGGACAACCAACUGAAAUCAAGUCGAUCAACGGUGUCAUUGUCAAAGAGGGUGAACGACUCGACAUGAUGUAUCAAUUAACUAAAGAUCAAAUCGAUCUAUUUACAAAUAAUGGAUAUGUUAUUAUAAAUGAAUUCUUUGAAGCAAGAUUAUUAGAUAAUAUAUUUGUUGAUGUUAAAACAAAGCUUGAUCAACUGAUCGCUUUGUUGUUGGAGAAUAAAAAGGUGGUCGAUGUAAAUGGCGAAAUCGCUAAGGAUACAGAUCUAGAUAGAAAGAUCAUCUCUCUAGAUUCACAGUUUAAAGGUACCUCUAUUAUGUUGCAUACGAUGUUUGCUGGACAUCUAUGUCGUUCGUUCGGCUCACUCUUUAGCAAUGAGCGACUGCUCGAUGUAAUACAGCAACUGCUCGGCACCGCUGAAAUAAGUGGACAUCCCGAGUGGAAUCUACGUGUAAAGACACCGAAUAACACUAGCUUUGAAGUACCUUGGCAUCAAGACGCUGCCUAUCUCGUAGAGGGUGCAGAGUCACUCGAUCAAAUCACCUGUUGGAUUCCAUUGAUCGAUAUAACAGAGUCGAACGGUGCAUUACAAUUGCUUGCCACUCAAAGCGAUAGUAGUAACAAUAUAAUACCUCAUCGCUUACAGAGAUUGAAAGGUGGCGAUUUGAAAGAUUCAUGGUAUUUAGAGAUACUUAGAGAUCAGUUACCACCAGACUAUCAGAAUAUCGUUGUUGACACCAUAGGUUUAAAGAGAGGAUCGAUCGUACUAUUUAAAAAUACAACCUGUCACCAGAGUUUGCCAAACACCACACAGAGAAUCAGAUGGACGGUCGACCUUCGUUUCCAAAAGACAAAAGAUCCAAGUGGAUUCUACCCACUCGAUCAAUCUGACAAUGAAUCAAAAAUGGCAUUGAGAUCAGCUGAACAACGGUCAAUACCAAUAGACUACAGUAAAUGGGAUGGUGAAGUAGAUAUUCUAAUGAAAAAAGAUAAUGAUAACAACAAUCAAGAUAAGUUAAACUAUCAAAUAGAAGGACCAUGGUUUGAUAGAUGGUCAUCUAAAUAA